CAUUUUUGUUUCCUCGAUCAUCCUAAAAUGUUGUGUUUUCAUACUGCAUAAUAAACUCUACUUGCUGUUUUUAUCCAAAUAAAACCAUUAGUUUUAUCUAGUUUUUCAUUUAAGAAAUUAUGGAAAUGGAAGGCCGAGACGCAGGCGAUAACAUGAAAAAGGAAACAGCUUUCGAGAAGGUGCGAAGAUGGUCGGGAACGGUGACUCGAAAUAUAUGCAAAGCUGGCCGAGACGAUCCGAGAAGUGUAAUUCAUGCUUUGAAAGUUGGUUUCUCAUUAACAUUAGUCUCAAUGCUGUACUUGCUGGAACCACUGUUCGGUGGAAUUGGAGAAAAUGCAAUAUGGGCAGUCAUGACUGUUGUUGUAGUUCUUGAAUUUACAGCAGGUGCAACUUUGCGCAAAGGAUUCAACAGAGGGCUUGGUACACUUAUUGCUGGAUCACUUGUGUUUUUCCUUGAAUUUGUAGCUGAUAAAUCUGGUAGGAUACCCAGAGCAAUCUUUAUUGGCAUUGCUGUAUUUCUAACUGGAUUUGCAGCAACAUAUAUGAGAUUUUUUCCAAAUAUAAAGAAGAAUUACGAUUACGGGAUCGUAAUCUUUUUAUUAACUUUUAAUUUGAUAGCUGUAUCAAGUUUUCGAGUUCAUAAUGUGUUAGAAAUUGCACAUGAUCGAUUCUACACGAUCGCGAUUGGUUGUGGAGUUUGUUUACUCAUGACUUUAUUGGUUUUUCCAAAUUGGUCCGGUUUAGAACUUCACAAUUCUACUGUCUCAAAACUUGAAGGCUUGGCUGAAUCAAUUGAAGCUUGUGUUGAUAACUAUUUCAAGGAUUUGGAGAUUACAGAAGACGAAAAAUCGUCAGACGAAGAGGAUCUCAUUUGUAGAGGCUACAAAUUAAUUUUGGACUCCAAAACGGUAGACGAAACGCUUGCAUUACAUGCAAGUUGGGAGCCGAAGCAUUCAUGCUACAAAUCUCCAUGGAAGCAAUAUGUUAGAGUAGGUGCCGCACUCCGUCAUUUUGGUUAUACGCUUGUUGCUUUACAUGGUUGCUUGCAAUCAGAAAUCCAGGCACCAAGAUCUGUUCGUGAUCUAUUCAAAACCCCGUGUACUAGAGUUGCUAGAGAAAUCUCGAAAACAUUCAAAGAACUGGCAGAUAGCAUUCGAAACAAGCGUCAUUUAGCUCCAAUCUUAGAUUCAGAUGAUCUCCAUGAAGCAUUACUAGACCUGAACAAUGCCAUCAAAUCUCAACCUCGACUCUUCCUUGGUGGUUCCAAGAAUCACCACAAUGACGCCUCUCAAAUGUUAGCUUUAGCGGCUGCCACUGCCAACGCCCACCAAAACCCAGAUAUGAAUUCAUCAGUUGUUACAUUACCUGAACGGACAAGGAAACGUGCAGCUGAUCUUUACAAGGAUCCAGAACGCAAAGUAUUUAGGACAACAUUAAGUAAGCUAGACAUAACUAGUCUUGAAUUCUCAGAAGCACUUCCUUUUGCAGCCUUUGCAUCAUUGCUUGUGGAGAUGGCGGCCAGACUCGAUAUGGUCACUGAACAAGUAGAAGAGUUAGGGCGAUUGUCCAAGUUCAAAGAGUACAAAGCUGAUCAGGUUGAGAUUGUUGUAACCAAUGGAGAAAAUAGACCUGUGAAGAAGAAUAGAAAGUUUGGAACAAAUUUGGGUUCUAACGAAGUAGAGUAAAAAUUUUGAGUUAUAUGAUUUUAUGGAAUAUCUCAUCAUCUCGGACAUGAUUGUUGGCUCCCAUUCUUAUUUUUAU